UAAUCUGCGCCUGCAACGCGGAAUUUAAUAAGCCGGAACAUGCCGCGUUCUCUAAAACAGGUCAAACGUCAACUUUCCACAGAGCACUUGAGCUACAUGUAGGUUCAGCCUUCCGAGCUCAAGCCUCAUCUUACUUCAACCGUACAACCCAUCAAGCAUUCCCGCAAGCAAGCAGCUUCCCCAUAUCACGAUGCGUAUCUCCCAGACUGCCGCAGUGCUGGCGGCAUGCUGCGCUUCCGCGCACGCAUUCUCCGACUCGUCUCCUAUCGUCAUGUUCUCGAGUGCUAGUCUGGAUGUGCCAACCAACCAAGAAUUAAUAAAAUCCAAUACCAAUGUCCUCGCGACCGUCCAGCAGCUUCUCAAGACCUGCCCGACGGAUAGGUACCUCAUCGUUUCGCAGCCGAACCUCAACAAGGCCAACUUGGUCAAGAAGGCCGUACCGAAUCUCCUUCGCUACCAUGACAAAGCCCAGAGCCGCUACUCGGUGCCCGAGGUCGUUGGCGAGUUGCACACGGACGACAUAGCCGCGUUCGUCAGGAAGUCCUGCGAGGGGAGAAAGCCAUUGAUCGAACAACUCGAGAUGGACCCCUUGCGAUCCGACGACGACUUCGGCAUGAUGUGGACCAACGACGACGAGCUUAGCAUGGUACUCGAUCAAUUCGAUCACGAUGGUUCUUAUACGGUCAUCUUCGCCGGCACCCCGCGAAAGGAGUCUCCGCGGACCUACACGGCGACGUUCCAGGACGGCGUGCCCUCGGAACUGAAGAGAGACGUGCACUCUAUUCAUCGGAGGGCUCCUAACCGUACUGACAACCGCCCUCUAUUUGAGAAGUACCAGUAUUUUUCCACAGGCAUCUUCACAGCUCUCGUCUCUCUAACAAUCCUCCUAUCGAUUCUCUACGUCGGCAUUGCCGCAGUCGCCAGCCUGGAGAUCCCCUACGGCGCGUUCGACAAGGAGAUGGGACCUUCCGCGCAGAAGAAGCAGUAGACGGAAGGACGAGAGAUUGGUAUAAUAUAGUAACUACUGGUCUUUCGGCGGGAGCAUGUAUCAAGAAAGACGGCGUGUUGUUGAAUUUGAGCAGUGUGUACGAAUUAUUACUAUUUGGGUUAAUCGGAGUCCGGGUUAACGGGUAUAGCAUCAAACGAGAGAAAGUCCUGUCUAGAUAGUCAAGACUUCAUUCACUAUGAGAGCGAAAGGCAUACA